AUGGGACCAAAGCGCGGUGGAAAAGCACCAGUUGCAGCUGCUAAGAAGAAGCAGCCAGAGAAAGUGGUGAACCCGCUUUUCGAGAAGAGGCCAAAGCAAUUUGGGAUCGGUGGUGCUUUGCCUCCAAAGAGAGAUUUGACGAGGUUUGUGAAAUGGCCUAAGACUGUUCAAAUCCAAAGGAAGAAGAGGAUCCUCAAGCAGAGGUUGAAGGUUCCACCUGCACUCAACCAGUUCACCAAGACACUCGAUAAAAACCUUGCCACAAACCUAUUUAAGAUGCUCCUUAAGUAUAGGCCCGAGGACAAAGCUGAGAAGAAAGAGCGUCUAUUGAAAAGGGCUCAAGCUGAAUCUGAGGGCAAAACAGUUGAGACAAAGAAGCCUAUUAAUGUGAAAUAUGGUCUCAACCAUGUUACCUAUCUUAUUGAGCAGAACAAGGCACAACUUGUUGUGAUUGCUCACGAUGUCGACCCAAUUGAGCUUGUUGUAUGGCUCCCAGCAUUGUGCAGGAAGAUGGAAAUUCCCUACUGCAUUGUCAAGGGCAAAGCACGCCUUGGAACAAUAGUUCACAAGAAAACUGCAGCUGUUUUGUGCUUGACCACUGUCAAGAAUGAAGACAAAAUGGAAUUCAGCAGAAUCCUAGAAGCCAUUAAGGCGAACUUCAAUGACAAGUAUGAAGAGUACAGGAAGAAGUGGGGUGGCGGUAUCAUGGGGUCCAAAUCUCAAGCAAAAACCAAGGCCAAGGAAAGACUCAUUGCCAAGGAAGCUGCUCAAAGAAUGACCUAG